UAAUGUGACCCGUCAUAUGUUUUGGUUUAAAAGAUCAAUGUCUAUGUUUCUGUUCUACUUGCCUACGGAACUCCUUACUUUCAAUCAGGUCAAUUAUGGUGUCUUUGUACGUGGUCCUAUAAAUUAGGACACCUCUAAAACCUUCCUUUUGCACUCAGAAAUUUCGAAAAGUAUAGCAAAAACAGAGCAAAAAAAGACACAGAUAUGGAAACUGUGGAAGAUGUGGUGAUCGUUGGUGCUGGAAUAGCAGGGCUGGCCACUGCAGUAGCCUUGAAGAGAGUUGGGGUUCGAUCUUUGAUCUUAGAGAAAUCAGAAACGCUCCGAUCCACUGGUGCAGGCUUAACCCUCACGCCAAAUGCUUGGCUUGCUCUUGAUGCUCUUGGCGUUUCUCAUAAACUUAAUGCCCUUUAUACUCCUUUCACAAGGGGGUCUGUAACGACUGUGGCUACGGGAGCUGUUCAAGAGGUCUUAUUCAUUGUAAAUUCUCAAGGACCUAGAUCAGUUCAUCGCAAAGCUUUAUUAGAGGCUCUAGCAGAAGAAUUGCCAGCUGAUUCAAUUCGAUUUUGUUCCAAGUUUACCUCUAUUGAACAGCACAAACUUGGAGAUGCUUCCAUUGUUGUACUUCAUUUGGAAGAUGGAACUACUAUCAAAUCAAAGGUUUUGAUUGGUUGUGAUGGGGUGCACUCGGUGGUGGCAAAAUGGCUUGGACUUUCUGCACCAGUUCAUUCAGGUCAAGCAGCAGUGCGUGGAUUGGCAGUUUUUCCACAAGGCCAUGGGUUUAAUAAAGAAGUGACGCAGUUUAAGGAUGUUGGGAAAGGGGCUGGUUUCGUCCCUCUAAACGACAAAGAAUUAUACUGGUUUUUCACUUGUCCUGAAGGUGAAAACAUGGCGCGAGACCCACAACUAAUACAGAAGGAAGUGAUUGAGAAGUAUGCAUACAACUUUCCCUCAGAAUUCCUAGACGUGGUCCGUCAUGCUGAUCUCUCAAAUUUGACAUGGGCUCCAUUGUUGUUGAGACAGCCAUGGAAUGUCAUAUUUGGAAAUCUUAGCAAAGGAAACAUCACAGUGGCAGGUGAUGCUAUGCACCCAAUGACAUCUCAUCUAGCACAAGGUGGGUGUUCAGCUUUAGAGGAUGCAGUUGUAUUGGGCAGACACAUUGGGAAUUCUUUUAUCAAAAAUGGGAGACUGCUUGUUUCAGAGGAAAUGGCUCGAGCCUUAGAUGGGUAUGUGAAAGAAAGGAGGUGGCGAGCGGCUACUCUCAUCACUGCUUCCUUUCUAUCAACGUGGAUGCAACAAGGCGGUUCUCAAUGGUGGAAGAAAGUUUUCUAUGCAUUCAUCUUCCCUAAACUCUCUAAUGUUGCUCGUUAUGACUGUGGUACACUGCCAAGAGUCUCUGCCUCUGCUGAGCUGCAGCAUUCCUCUGAUAAAUCAGACUAGAUUUUUUUCAAGAAUUGUCCAUGUGUAUCAUUUGCAUUUGAGUUGGUUUAGUCUAAAACCAAUUAGGUUAGAAUUUUUUUUCUAUUAAUUUUCAACUAAGCCAUGAGGUUAUGUGGGUAGCAAUAAAUAAGGUUUCAUCAAUUAUUUUAAUUUUAACAAUUUAGAUUAAAUUGAAUAAAUUAGUUAUAAUUUUAA